CCUAUAACGCAGGCCAGCAUGGCCAUGGAGAGGCGGAGUUUAGGACCCUGCGGCCCGGCCCGUACAGUACAAUAGCACUGUUGUGUGGUGGUGGAAGGAGGCUGCAGUGUUCUCGCCUGUUGACAUUGUGCUGCUCAGCAGAUCCGAAUAAUUCACUUUAAUUCCCGGCACUGAGAGCCUGCAGCGCGGGGACAGCUUUCCGGAGUGAGGGGCUCGGGCUGUGAGGGAUGAGAUUUGGAUGACAGACGCAGGCUGAGAGAACACCUUAACUUGAUCUACGGCUUGAAAUUUAUGGAUACAUCAGGAUGAAAAGACUCAGGACUUCAAGCAGUAGUGACAGUUCAGACAAUGAGAGCGGAGCCGGCAGCUCAGGGGCGUGCGAUGGGACGAGACCAUACGUCUAACCUGAUGAGAUUUGAUGCAUGUGCUGUAAAUCCCAACUUACAGAGAAUUCCAGGAAUGGAAGGUCCCUCAACGUCCUUCUCUACAAAUAAGUAUGGCAAUAAACCAGGGACCCCCGCCUCUGCUCAGAAAAAACCAGCCGAGGUGUUCAGGAAAGACCUGAUCAGUGCGAUGAAGCUGCCGGACUCCCACCACAUCUCUCCUGAUGAUUAUUACCUGCUGGCUGAUACGUGGAGGCAGGAGUGGGAGAAAGGAGUGCAGGUCCUGGCGAGUCCCGAUACCAUCCCCCAUCCCUCCGUCAGGAUUAUGGCGGACAGGCCGAAGGAGAUUCUGUUCUCCAGGCCGAGGAAGUAUAUCCAGUGCUGGAGUCAGGACUGCACGGAGACGGGCUACGUGAACAUUAAGGAGCUGGCCGAGGCCAUGUGCCGGUACGAUCUGGAUGAUACGGACCUGUACUGGCUCCGGCACUUCAACACGGAGCUGCUGCACAUGGGGGAGGGGACGGUGGACGAGCUGACCAUGGAGCGAACGAUGGAGGCUCUAGAAAGAAAGUGCCAUGACAACAUGAACCACGCGAUCGAGACGGAGGAGGGGCUGGGCAUCGAGUACGACGAGGACGUCAUCUGUGACGUGUGUCGCUCACCUGACAGCGAGGAGGGCAACGACAUGGUCUUCUGUGACAAGUGUAACAUCUGUGUUCAUCAGGCUUGUUACGGCAUAGUGAAAGUUCCAGACGGAAACUGGCUGUGCAGGACCUGUGUCCUCGGCAUCAACCCGCAGUGUAUACUGUGUCCCAAAAAAGGAGGCGCAAUGAAGGCGACUCGAGCGGGAACGAAGUGGGCACACGUCAGUUGCGCUCUCUGGAUCCCCGAGGUGAGCAUCGCGUGUCCAGAGAGGAUGGAACCCAUCACUAAACUGUCUCAUAUUCCACCCAGCCGCUGGUCUCUCAUCUGUAGCCUCUGCAAGAUCAAAACUGGGGCCUGCAUACAGUGCUCAGUGAAGAACUGCACCAUCCCUUUCCACGUCACCUGCGCCUUCGAGCACAACCUGGAAAUGAAGACUAUCCUGGACGAAGGCGACGAGGUCAAGUUUAAAUCCUACUGCCUGAAGCACAGCAAACCCAAAGCGGGCGAGCCCGGUCUGAGCCCGGCCCGACACAAACCCCCUACAGAGACGGAGAAGUUGGGCCUGAGAGCGCAGAAGCUCCAAGAGCUCGAGGAGGAGUUCUACAAGCUGGUGCAGCCGGACGAAGUGGCGCAGGAGCUGGGGCUGCCUCUCCACCUGCUCGACUUUAUCUACCAGUACUGGAAGCUGAAGAGGAAGAGCAGCUAUAAUAAAGCGCUCCUGCCACCUAAAGAGGAGGAGGAGAACCUGCUCCGGCAGCCACAAGAGGACAGCAUACAUACACGCAUGCGCAUGUUCAUGCACCUCCGCCAAGACCUGGAGAGGGUGAGGAAUCUGUGCUACAUGGUGAGUCGGAGAGAGAAGCUAAAACUGUCUCAGAGUAAAGUCCAGGAGCAGAUUUUCAACCUUCACGUCAAACUCAUGAACCAAGAACAAGCUGCAGAACUGCCCGUGUCGUCGAACGUGGAGAACCUGAUCUUCCCGCCUCCUCCCAGGAUAACCAUCAAACUCAAAAUCAAAAGCAAUGCCAGCACCAAGUCAGGAAACGGGCCGCUGUGCCCGGAUAACAGCAGUAACGUGUAUGACGUGAGCGGGGCCGGGAUGGGGCAGGGCAAACCUCAGCUCCAGCACAGCCGAGCGCCGAGGGAGGAGCGAACCAACGGCAUCGUCCCCAUCGCCAAGCCGACGGGAAAACCUCUGGCGCUGCACGCCGCCCUGCACGGCCACUCGGCCAAGCCCGAGCAGGAUCGACCACACCCACACCAGCAUUCACUGAAGUCCAACGGCAUCAUGGAGAAGCCUGCGGUUCCGAGAAACGCUUCCUGCCACCCGACUCCUCCACCCGAACAGGGAACGUGCGAGAAACAUCCUGGGAAAGGUCAACCAGGUACGUUUCAUAAAUCCACAAUGGAGCAGUUCAGCAGAACGCUAAAAGAAGCCACCGUCAGCCUGGUACGGACUACUGCGGAUCUCUGGAGCGCCAACAAGAACGGCCAUAAAAACAAAGACCGGACGAACUGCGCCAAAGCACCGAGCGCCGAGCGAGCACCAAAGAGUGGAAGAGGAUACCAGGAAAGUGACGGGUACUGCCCUGAUCUCGAGCUCAGCGAUUCGGAACCUGAAGCCAAAGGCAAGCGACAGAGAGCGGCGAGAGGGCUGAGCGAGAGGAGCCCGGCUGGUGGUUAUGGGCGUGGAGGAACUCGAGGGAGCGUUUCUUUAGGUACCAGGACUUCUGUGCAAAGGUGACGAGCUUGCAGGUGCAAAACAAAAAAAUCCCUAGCCAACUGCUGUAGGUCCGGAAACGUAAAGCACUGUCGCGUACCGCAGGAGGAACGGUCUGCCGUCGCGCCGGCCCACGGGUUCUCAAAAGUGCCAUGGCGGAUUUCAGAACGUGGUCUUUCCAUCGCAUUGGAGCUGCCUUAUGAACUACACACGGGAGACCGCGCUGUCCGACUUCCAGAGCGUCUAGCAGUGUUUUUCUGUAUACUGGUUCAAAAAAAUAACGAUUUUUAGUUUGUGUAUAUAUUAGCUUGUGUGUUCAGGAGUGAUGUUGAUUUCCCGCAUCCUCCAAACAUUCUUAUGGUUAUGCAAAUAAAUAAACUCAUAAGAACGACAA